GUUUGGGAAGCCUGCGGAGUAUUCCCGGGCUAUGCAUUCCCGGAUAGCUAUACCGGAUGAUAUAAAUAAUGGAGGGCACCCCAGAUUCUCAAUGAUCAUUCCCAGAUCCGUUACUGCGCGCGUUCAGUAGUCAAUACCAAAUUCCAGCUCCAAGGCGCCGGGCCUUUUCUACCUUGUGAUUACCGUCUAUUCUCAAGGGACCAGUACACACCUCCAGAAUGUCGUCAGCUCACAUUGAGGAGAGCGAGUAUUCUCCAAACCAUGAUGUGCGUCGUCUGCGCACACAUGAUAUGGAAAUGGGAGUCACGGAUGCUGUCCAGAGACAUGUGAAAAGACAUGUUAUCACUCCUAGGCCCGUUUCCCAACGGAGACUCGAUUUCGAGCAUGCAAGAUGGCGCUGGCUGAGAGAAAUGGCUGCAGAGGCAAUGGGUGUCUUCUUCUAUGUUUAUCCCGGCAUUGCCUCACAAGCAUCAUUUUUCCUGAAUGGCACGGAGCCAGCUUUCAGUUCUAUAUUCCAAAUAGGCUGGGCUUACGCAAUUGGGAUUGCUUUUGCAAUUAUAGUCUGCGGUUCUACAUCAGGUGGUCACUUCAACCCGGCCAUAACUAUAUGUUUUGCCAUAUGGCAAGGGUUCCCUUGGUCGAAAGUUCCGAGAUACAUAUUCGCUCAAAUUUUUGGAUCUUUCCUGGCUGGCUUGUUCCUUGUUGGCCAGUAUCAUCCACAGUUGACCGCACUUGCAGCGGAGUUCAGGUCGAAGGGAAUGAGCCCAAACUCCUUGGGUGGACCAGGAUCGGUGCUGUGUGCUUUUCCCGCAGCUACUCAGACUAACUAUGGAUAUAUCUUCUUCAUCGAGUUCUUCGUCGACAGUUUCAUCGGCCUCCUCAUCUGGGCUGUUCUCGAUCCAGCAAACCCGUUCAUUUCCCCUCAAACUGCGCCGUUUGUCAUCGGCAUCGCAUACGCCAUUAUGGUAUGGGGAUUUGCGGACGUAACAAUCUCGACCAACUUAGCGCGUGAUCUUGGAACUCGCAUAGUGGCAGCGAUCUUCUAUGGCGGAGACGCGUUCACUCAUUAUGCCCCUAUAGCAAUUUUAGUCAAUGUACCUGCAACAAUCUUUGCUACCGUAGUGUAUGAAAUUAUUCUGCGAGAUAGCUUUGCUAUCAUAGCAAAGGGACAUAACGUGCACGAGGACGGGGAGGAAGGACUCGUGCGCCAUCUUACGAAAGUUGGCACACUGGAGGAGGGAGGGAUUGAAAAGUGAACAAGAGUAGCGAGGAGACUUAUGGAAUUGAUAAGGUGGUGCUCUAUCCAGUGUGAAGUUGAUGAGAUGACUUUAAAUCAGUGCUUUGAUGAGAAGGAUAAAUGGAAGGUUUGAUCCAAGUGUGGUUGUACGCAGCUUUGCGCAGGAUAAACGCUAGACGAAAUCAAAUGCAUUUAGUAAAUCUCUGG